GUCGCAAGUUAUGCCAGAGUUCACUUGGAUGGACGAUUUCCAGUACGAUUUUGAGUCGCACCGGAACUCGCUGAGCAGUGUCGGAAGCUAUGAACCUGACAUGUUCGAAGUUCCAGAUGUGAUGGACGUGGCUCCUUCCUCUUCGCCUACCACCUCGCCCGAAGAGGAGACGCCAGAGCUCGCUACCACAACAAAGACCCGUCGUCGCAGAAAAAGCACUACUGGCCGGUCGAAAAAGCCGAUGACAGUAACACAGCGGAAGGCCCAUAAUAAAAUCGAGCGCAAGUACCGACUCAACAUCAAUUCUAAGAUCGCAAAUUUACAGAAACUGGUUCCCUGGAUGAGCAACGAGAUCGUUGCUUUUGAGAUUGACGCCGCGGGUCCGGACCAUCUCCAAAGCCAUGCGCUCGGUGGGAGGAAACUGAACAAAUCGAUGAUUCUCGACAUAGUCACCAAAUACAUUGAGCACCUUAAAUCCGACAACGAAUUCCUCAGGAAGCGGGUUUCCGAGCUAGAAGGACACAACACAGACACUGAUAACAACACAUAGCUAAUAUCGAGCUGCCUGAGGAGGAUACUACCACACCUGACACCUCGUAUAUAAAACUUAUUUUAAGACACACACACAUUCAUAAUAUUUGAUACCAUUCUCAGACAUUGUACAUCCGGACACCAAUAACCACCAUUUUAUUUCUAGAUGGAAUCAAGCAAAACGAAGUUUGGAAGUUUGACUUACAUCCGGAAGCCCAGGAAGCUUAGUUCGCGGGUCCCGUACGAGGAUACGUUGCUGGGGCCGUCGCCCGGUGCUUCGAAACCCCGUCGAAAGUCCAAACGCGAUGUUUACAUCGCGUGUGGCGACGUUCCGCCCUCCAAGCGACCACAUACAAAUUCUGCCGAUGAGUUGCUCAAAGACUUUGACAUCUCCCGCAUAAAACAAGACACAGACAAGCUGCUGAACCAGCUCGAUAGCAUCAAAAAACCAGACAAGGACGAGUCCAAGUAUAUCAACAAGCUCUUAUCCAAAGCGGACAGGGCAGAAACGGAUGAAGUGGUUGCUGUUACCGAGACCCAGGGGCCGAUGAAACACAUUUAUGACGACAAGGAGGCUACAGAGCGAACGUCAAAGAAGUACAGAUCGUUCCAUCCUAAAAUCUACACCAAAAACGAGCUGUUGGAGGCCACCGAAAAACUGCUCACUGUGGCUAGGGAUAUUUUAAAUGGGAAGACGGCCUCAUAUUUUUACGAGAUUGCACGGGAAUAUGCAGAGUCUUCGCCUCGUUUGUUUGUGACAGAUUCCGAAAUAAUAAACUUGCCGAAACAGAGGUACCACGGGUAUAUUGGGUGUAUGCGCGCGGACGCGAUAACGCAGCAUUUGCUAAGCCAAUUGGACCAGCUCCUGACAGAUAAGAAGGCGAACAAGGUGCUGCAAUUUUGGGGUCGGAGUUAUUUCACGCGAUUUGUGCUCACGCCAGAGAUCAUUGCACGUAUCGUAAAACAGGACGAGCAGGUCGAUCUGGACAAAGCGUACGACCUUAUGGAAUCCACCGCAGAUUAUGGGCUUUACAUCAUGGAUCAGAAGGAAAUUUGAUAAGCUCCGGACUGUUGCAUAAGCCGUUACGUCAUGGCUGGUGGGAGGUGGCACGAUCUGAAAAUUUUUAUCGUCGGCAAUACCUCCAGUCUUAUUAGACCUGUGAAGGAGUUUCGUGAGAUGUCUGUGGUGUUCCCAAGAACGUGUUACAAGUGUGGACAGGUCGGUCAUUUUGCCGACGCUUGUCAAGAGACCGAGCGGUUGUGCUACAACUGCAAGCAGCCAGGCCAUGAGUCUGGAGAAUGCCCGGAACCAAAACAGACCACGCAAAAGCAGUGCUACAACUGCAAGCAGACCGGUCAUGUGCAGAGCGAGUGCUCCGAACCAGUGAGACCGGUUUCCAAGUGCUACAACUGUGGCAAAAUCGGUCAUUUGGCCAAAGGCUGUUCUGCUGCUAGGGGCGGGCCAAAGGUCACGUGCCACAAAUGUGGUGGCCUGAACCACUUUGCUAGGGACUGUCAGUCCGGCGUGGUCAAGUGCUACGCCUGCGGAAAGACGGGUCACAUCUCUAAAGAGUGCACCUCUGCCAGCGGCGGUUCCAACUUCAACACCAAAACCUGUUACAAAUGUGGAGAGUCCGGCCACAUUUCCAAGUUCUGCGAGAUGGACUCGGAGUAAAGUAUCUAGUGGUUAUAAGUGGUUAUAAUUAUAACG